AACAGUCAUCCGCAGGGGGCAGGCUGUCGGGACCGGCACCAUCCCAAGUCCUGACUUCCUGCGUCCCUGACUUUGUGCUGUUUGAAAUUCUCUUGACACUCAGCAGCCUCACCCCCUCCUUCAGGAAGUCUCCCUGGAUGGCCUCAGCUUCAGCUUGUCACCCCCUCGGAGGUGACGGUGGGAGGAACAGGUGAAGUCAGGAAAGACUGGAGUUUGCGAGGAAGGUCUGGAGGCAGGAAGGCGGGACUCGGCUGACGUUUGCGUCUUGUGCCUCUCUCGCUGGCUGGGCCCCCCAGGAGUUGUCUGAAUUGACUUUUUUUUUUGUUUUCUUUGUUUGUUUUUUAGUUUAUUUAUUUAUUUUGAGAGAGAAAGCGCGUGAGAGCACAGAAGGGGCAGAGAGGGGGAGAGAGAGAAUCCCAAGCAGGCUCUGUGCCGUCAGCUAAGACGAAGAGUCGGACGCUGAACAGACUGAGCCACCCUGGAGCCCCCGAAUUGACUUCCUAAUCCUUCUAAUUCAUGGACAUCUUAUGCCCUUCUCCUAGUUACCCAUAGGAAAAAUGAACAAGAGGAAGCCCGGGACGCCCCUCUAGAGACCCCGGUAUAGGUGGAUUCCUCUGAUCAAAAAUGCUCCGUUUUGUUCCCUCAAGGAGCUCUGAAGGAGAUAGAGCCAGACAGAGAUACACUGUUCUCCAUGGCCUUGAGGCUGGGCCAGAGAGAGAGUGGGCUCCAGGGAAUCCAGAAAGGCUCCGGAACCUUCUGCUGGACCCUGCCCCUCACAAGCUGCUGGUAUUGGCUGGGCCCUGCCUGGAAGGGACAGGGGAGCUGUUGCUCCAGACGGGGGGCUUCUCGCCCCGCCACUUCCUCCAGGUCCUAGGGGACAGAGAGAUCCGGGAUCUUCUGGCAUCCACACCCCCACCUGCAGACCUGCCGAAGCUCACCAUCACCUGCCCAACCUUCGGUGACUGGGCCCAGCUGGCACCUGAGGUGCUGGGCCUCCAGGGCGCGCUCCGGGUGCAGUGGAACCCACCCGUGCAGCUGCCGGCUUCCGAGGGCCUGCGCCAGUUCCUGGAGUACGUGGCUGAGUCGCUGGAGGCCCCGUCUCCCUUUGAGCUGCUCGAGCCGCCAGCGUCCGUGGGCUUCCUCAGGCUCGCCCGGCCUUGCUGCUACAUCUUCCCCGGCGGCCUCGGCGACGCCGCCUUCUUCGCCGUCAAUGGCUUCACCGUGCUGGUCAACGGUGGCUCCAACCCCAAGUCGAGCUUUUGGAAGCUGGUGCGGCACCUGGACCGGGUGGACGCCGUGCUGGUGACCCACGCCGGCGCCGACAGCCUCCCGGGCCUCAACAGUCUUCUGCGGCGCAAGCUGGCCGAGCGAGAUGAGGCAGCGGCCGGCGGGGGCUCCGGGGAUGACAGGCUCCGCAGGCUCAUCUCCCCCAACCUGGGGGUCGUGUUCCUCAACGCCCGCGUGGCCAUCUCGCGUCUGGUGAGCGGCGAGGACGAGGCGGAGCUGGCCCUGAGCCUCUUGGCCCGGCUAGGCAUCGCGCCCCUGACUCUGAACCGCGGGCCGCUCCCGGCCGAGCCCACCGUGCUCUUUCAGAAGAUGGGCGUGGGCCGGCUGGACAUGUAUGUGCUGCACCCGCCCGCGGCUGGUGCUGACCGCUCGUCGGCCUCCGUGUGCGCCCUGCUAGUGUGGCACCCCGCGGGCCCCACCGAGAAGGUGGUGCGCGUGCUGUUCCCCGGCUGCACACCUCCCGCCCGCCUCCUGGAUGGCCUGGUCCGCCUGCAGCACCUGGGGUUCUUGCGAGAGCCUGUGGUGACCCCCCAGGAUCUAGUGGGGCCUCGGCGAGCUGAGAGCAAGGAAAGCGUGGGCUCCCGGGACAGCUUAAGAAGAGAAGGCCGGGCAACGGCAACGGCCAGGCCUGCCCCGGAGCGCCCUGUGGGGGCCCGGAAGGACCCGCCUCGAGUCGAGGCCCCCCGCAGGGCUGAGAAAGAAGCCAGGCUCCCCCGGGAGGUGAAGAAGGACCCCAAGCCAAGCGUCCCUCGGACCCAGCCCCAGGAGGUGCGCCGGGCAGCCUCCACGUCUGUCAGCGUGAAGAAGGCGGGUGCCCAGGCCGCCCCCAGGCCCCGCAGGGCACCCAAUAUCCCCCGCCCGGCCGUCCCGCCGGCGGAGAACGGGCCCCACAGCCCCCCCAGCUUCCGCUGUGGAGAGGCCAGCCCGCCGCAGCCAGAGGCCUGCGGCUCCCCCGCCCCCCAGCUGGUGGCCACCCCCAGCCAGGAGAGCAGCCUGGAGCUGGGGCUGAGCCCGGCCGGGGAGGACGGCGGCACCUUGGAGGAGAAGACGCUGGAGCUGCUUUUGGGUGCCAGCACCCCCCGGCCGCGUACACCCUCGCCUACUGGAGCCCACCAGGGCCCGGCGGAGGGCAGCGGGCGGCUGUCGCUGAGCCCGCUGCGGGGCGGGGAGGCUGGGCCGGAUGCCUCGCCCACGGUGACCACACCGUCACUGCCUGCCGAGGUGGGAUCCCCGCACUCCACGGAGGUGGACGAGUCCCUGUCCGUCUCCUUCGAGCAGGUGCUGCCGCCGCCGCCUGCCACCGCGGGCGAGGCUGGGCUGAGCCUCCCCCUCCGCGGCCCCCGGGUACGGCGAUCGGCCUCCCCGCACGACGUGGACCUGUGCCUGGUGUCACCCUGUGAGUUUGAGCACCGGAAGGCUGUGCCCGUGGCGCCCGCGCCCGCGUCCCCGGGCAGCUCUGAUAGCAGUGCCCGGUCCCAGGAGCGGGCGGGGGCCCCGGGAGCUGAGGAGACCCCACCCACCUCCGUCAGCGAGUCCCUGCCCACCCUGUCUGACUCGGACCCCCUGCCUGCCGCCCCCGGCAUCGCGGACUCGGAUGAAGACAUGGAGGGCGCAGGGGUCCCUCGCCGUGACCCGCUGCCCGAGCCCCUCAAGUUCCCCCCGCCGCUGCCCACCCCGCCCAGCAUCUGCAUGGUGGACCCCGAGGUGCUCCCCCCUGAGCAGGCCCGGCUGACGGAGGGCCACGGCCGCACGCGGAAGUCCGGGGUUCGCCCUCACCCCAGCACUGCCACCUCCAAAGCCACUCCCGCGACCACUGCCAAAACCAAGGGACUGGCCGGUGGAGACCGGGCCGGUCGGCCCUUCGGCACCCGGAGCGAGCCCAGUGACAAGGGAGGUCGGGCACCCCUGUCCAGAAAGUCCUCGGUCCCCAAGACGACCACUCGGGGCCCAUCCGGGUCAGCUGGCAGCCGGCCAGGUGGGUCAGCAGCCCCUCCCGGCUCCCCCGUCUACCUCGACCUGGCCUACCUGCCCAGCGGGAGCAGCGCCCGGCUGGUGGACGAGGAAUUCUUCCGAAGGGUGCGUGCGCUCUGUUACGUCAUCAGUGGCCAGGACCAGCGCAAGGAAGAGGGCAUGAGGGCUGUCCUGGAUGCACUGCUGGCUGGCAAGCAGCAAUGGGACCGUGACCUCCAGGUGACCCUGAUCCCCACCUUCGAUUCCGCGGCCAUGCACGAGUGGUACGAGGAGACACAUGCCCGGCACCAGGCGCUGGGCAUCACCGUGCUGGGCAGCAACAGCACCGUGUCCAUGCAGGACGAGGCCUUCCCUGCCUGCAAGGUCGAGUUCUAGCUCGGCGCCUGACACCCGCCCCCGCAGCCCGGCAUCCGCCCCGACCCUGAGACUCACCUGCGUCACAAAUAAACCAGGUACUCCACCCGGCUGUGGCCUCAGUUCCUUCCGCUGGCGGGAGACUUGGCAGCCUCCGGGACGGUCAUCGCCGCCGUGUCGGCCCCCAGGUCAGGCGUGCUCCGGCCUCCGUGUCGCAGGCCGCAAAAGCCAGGCCCGGGGAGGGGGUGUGCCUUUCCAGUAGUGACCGCCGGCAGCCAGUGCCCGCCGCUGACUGCGGCCCUCCGGCCCGACCCGGCAAGCGUGAGAGGCCGAUUUUUACUGGCGGGGAAGCUGGAACCCCUGAGGGCAGCCGGACUCCACUCUGCCACACAAACCGGCCAGGGACAGGGUGAGACUGGAACCCCAGGCUCUGUGCUCCGAAGCGAUAGAACAGGUCACUCUCCGUUCCUAGAGAUACCUCGUGCUCGUGGCAGGAGAGUCACAUGCCACAGGGAGGUCUUAGAGGAGAACCUGAAACCCAGAGAUUACAAAACAUCCAUUCCCGAAGAACCCCUUGCCUGCUCUCUGCACGCGUGGAGAUAACCUAGCUAGAACGUUAGACGAGGUGCCCUGCAUCCUGGGUUGAACGGCGACCCGAAAAGCGUACGUCUGAGCCCUGACACCUGAUAUCUGUGAGUGUGACUGUGUCUGGAGAAAGGGAUUUUCAGAUGCAGUUAAGUGAAGGCUCUUGAGAUUCUCUGGAUGGGCCCUAAAUCCAACGACGCGUGUCCUUAUAAGAGACAGAGGAGGUGACACAGAGGGGAAGAGCACGCGGAGAUGGAGGCAGAGACUGGGGUGAUGGAGUGAUGGGGCCACAGCCAAGGAAUGCUGCAGCCCCAGAAGCUGGUGAGGAGUGAUUCUCCCCUAGAACUUUCUGAAGGAACCGACCCUGUGCACACCUUGAUUUCAGAGCUGGGCCUCCAGAACUGCAAGAAUGAACUGUUGUGUGUGGGACCUUGUGACGGUCCCGGGAGAUGUUCUGAGCCGGUCGGCACACGGCUCGCUUCCCCCCACACGGUGGCCUGAGUCCCUGUGCGUGGCCGCGUAGGUGUCCUGGUACAGACUCCUUCCUCCGGCCGUCUCGGGCCCCGGCUCGGCGCGUCCAGGCUGCUGUGGCACAAUACCAGGCGGCUUCCCCGACAGACGCUUCCUUCCCGCAGCUCCGGAGGCUGGACGGUUGAGACCAGGGUGCCAGGGGUCGGCCGAGGGCGGGCCCUCCGGCUUCCAGAUGGCUGCCUUCUGGCUGUGUCCCCGCGUGGACAGGGAGGGGGCGUGGGGGCACAUCCUCUCACGGCCCCUCCUUCGGCAGCACCAACCCCGGGAUGGGACCCCCACCCCCCUGGCCUCCGCGACCUAACCCCCUCCCGAAGCGACCCCCUCCAGACACCAUCACGAAGGGGAGUGGGGCUCACGCAUAGGAAAUGAGGGGGUGUUUUGCACUAGUUAGGGCUCAGCUGAUCGAUGACUAGUGUCGUGGUUGGACUGGCCUUUGUGGUUCUGCUUACAAGACGCCCUUUCGCCGGACACCCAUCGGGAAACUGAAAAAAAAUAAAGGUUUCUCACUUACCAUACCUGGAGAUCACCCAGCGCCCCCAGGGCCACAUAAUGAGAGGGGCGAGGGGGGACUGAGAGCUGCUUGUUCACUGGCUGGGCCUCUGCUCUUAUUGGGUCCAGGAUGGGAGCCCAGGGUUUCCAGGGCCCAUUGUUUCUUGGUAAACUUAAAACCUCCCAGUGGGAAUUUAAAGCGAUGGGAGGGAGCAAAAACAAAACAAAACGAGUGGCCCGAAAGGCCAGUUACCAAAAUCAACCAAGACCUCUAAAGCAAGGAGCCACAGUCGGGGCAGGCAGCCUCUUUCUCUAGAGGCGUGGCUGGCGAGUCGGUUCAUUCCAGCUACCAUCUUUGAAGAGGACGCCUGGGCAAUCAAAGCUUACGUCCCGCACUCACAUCACAAGAAGGAAACAAACUGGCCUUACCCCACAGGGGGCACACAAUUCCGUCUGGAGCCGGCAGGGCUGCAGCAGGCAGGAACACGUCUUGCCUACCAAGGGUUGGUUUGUGGGACCUGACUGCUUCGUGUGGGAGCCACCGAACCGGCGUCUGGCGGUCUUCCUGUGGGAUGUCGGGACUUGGCAAGGCCGGGCAUCAGGAAGGGCAGGUGGACGCCAAGGGAACCUGCGUGGGCGCCCACAGGGACAGGGCCCACAAGGGCACCGUCGGUGAGGCCGCGACCAAGGUCAAUGCGCACCCGGCCGGGGACAGGUGCGGCAGCCGCCUGGGGAGCGGCUGGGACCUGGGUCUGUGACCCUGCGCCCUCUGUCCGUUUACCGGGAAAGCGGAAGUGCUGGGAUCCGAGCGCCCCCGCCAGGCAUGUCCUUCGCAAAGCGUGCGGGUUAGGGUUACGGCCCUUUGUCUUGCCUUUUCCUGUUGCGGGUAAGGGUGGGCUUCUUCGCUCAGGGCCUGGGGGCAGGCCGCUGUUUAUAACACUGCCCGAGGUGACAUUUUGGCCAGACUGCCCUGUGGCAGGUGCUGCCUCCCAUUCUCCAUUUCGUUUAUCACCAGGGAGGGUUUCGCAUUGGUAUUAAUUGUUUAAUUAGUUGCUUCCACUGUUUUAUUAUAGGUGUUUCUUCUCACUGAUACGUCACAACUCUACUUUUUCAAGAAACGUGAGAAGGUUUUUAAUUGUGCUAAAAAACACGUAAGAUUUACCAUCUUAACCAUUAAGCUCUUGUGCGGUGAGUUUGUUUCCCCCCCCCCCCACAUCUUUCCACUUUAUGAACAGUUUUUCUGUAAACAUUUUGUUUUCAUGGUUUUCAAACCACAAUCUUUAAAGGUCUUUCUUUUGUGCUCUGAGAGGCCUUCCUCGCGGCUGGCACAAGUCCUCCCAUGGUGUUUUCUCUGUGUUUCUCAUGUUAACUUUUAUUUUUAUCCGUCUAGGACUUAUUUGGGGAUGAAGAGAGAUGGAGGGGUUGCCCGAGCCCCAAGGGCCAGCCGAUUGUCCCAGGCCUGGUGCAGAUUUGAAACGCUCCCUCCUCCCUAAGACCCCAGUGGGUUUACGUCUGUUUCUACAUCUGCUCUAAUCCAUCACCAGCUUUUCUGGCCCUCUCCCCUCUAUUUUCACUGGUAUAUAGUCUGGUGUCUCUUAAUAGCUCCUUAGCAGGUUCUUUCUCCUUAAUUUUAUUUUUUCCCUUCUUAAAUUCCCAGCUGUUUUCACAUGCUCCUUCCUCUUGGGAGUUCUAGAAUCUGCACAGAGGGGCCCAAACACAUGUAUGAGAAACGUCACAGGGGCACCUGGCUGGCUCCUCUGGUAAAGAAUGUGACUCUUGAUCUUGGGGUUGUGAGUUCUAGCCCCACGCUGGGUGUUGAGAGGACCUAAAAAAUAAAAAUCUUUUAAAAAGAAAGAAAGAAGGAAGGGAUGAAAGAAAAGAAAAGAGAAAAGAAAAGAAAGAAAUGUUAUAAACUUCUGCUUUUGACCACGUCGUAGACUAGAUUCUCAAGCCAAUCUUCCAAGAAAAACAGUGAAAACUGCCGAGUAAAAAGAGUUAAAUCUUGAUGAACGCGUCCGUGGGCAAACAGAGGCGAAGGAGCAGUCAGAGGCCAGAAUGUCCAUAGAGGCGGGAGGCAGCUUUUGCGUUAGGCUGGGUUUGGUCUUUCGUUUUCACGGACCUUCACGAUGGUGGGUCUGUUAAGUCAAGACCUCAAAGGGUGAAGUCACAAUCGAAAUAAGAUCUUCCCAGGAAUGGAAAGGAAACUCGGUUAUCUCCAGCCUGUCUGUUGGGAGGAAGAGGGGGGGUAGAAUCUAGUCCAAUGAUUGGUGACCUCGCUUGAGUUUGCAGCUCUAGCGGUAUCUGGGUGUCCAGAGGCCUCCAGUAGACAAAGCAAUUUAAAGUCAUCCAGGGUGGUGGUGACCCUGAAGGUUUGCGGUUUGAGCCUCCAACCCCAGUCUUCGAGAACUCCCCGAGUCAUGGGGCACCUGGGUGGCUCAGUCGGUUAAGCUUCUGACUUCAGCUCAGGUCGUGAUCUCGUGGUCUGUGAGUUCAAGCCCCGUGUUUGCUCUGCGCUGACAGCUCAGAGCCUGGAGCCUGCUUCAGAGUCUGUGUCUCCCUCUCUCUCUGCCCCUCCCCCACUUGUGCUCUGUCUCUGUCUCUCUC